GUACAACUAAAUCCGUUCAAUGGCCAACCAUAUACGCAACGAUAUUUUGAAAUUUACAAGAAACGAGCAACGCUUCCGGUCUGGGAAUAUAAGGAGAAAUUCCUGGAAGUGCUUGAUAAAAAUCAGUGUUUAACGCUGGUGGGUGAAACGGGAUCUGGGAAAACCACUCAAAUUCCACAAUGGUGUCUGGAAUAUUGCAAAUUGCGUGCACUCCCAGGACAGCGGCGAUUGGUUGCGUGUACACAACCACGUCGAGUAGCAGCAAUGAGCGUCGCGACACGCGUUGCCGAAGAAAUGGAUGUGCAGUUGGGCUCUGAAGUUGGAUACUCAAUACGUUUCGAGGAUUGCGUUAGUGAACGUACGGUACUGAAAUACUGCACCGAUGGUAUGCUGCUGCGUGAAGCCAUGAACAGUCCAUUGCUGGAUAGUUACGGUGUGAUAAUACUGGACGAGGCACAUGAACGUACUUUGGCAACUGAUAUUCUGAUGGGUCUGAUCAAGGAAAUCGUAAAACAACGAAAGGAUAUCAAAAUUGUUGUGAUGAGCGCGACGUUGGAUUCCGGAAAAUUCCAGAAUUAUUUCGAAAAUUGCCCACUAAUGUCAGUUCCAGGACGCACAUUUCCUGUGGAAAUAUUUUAUACGCCGGAGCCAGAAAAAGAUUAUUUGGAAGCUGCGAUUAGAACCGUUGUGCAAAUCCACGAAAUUGAAGAAGCGUGCAAACGAAUCAAACGGGAAAUCGACAAUUUAGGGGCCGAAAUUGGUGAAUUGAAAUGCAUACCGUUGUAUUCAACAUUACCACCGAACUUGCAACAGCGUAUUUUCGAGCCUCCACCGCCAAAACGUGCGAAUGGAGCUAUUGGUCGCAAAUGUGUCGUCUCAACGAAUAUUGCCGAGACGUCACUCACAAUUGAUGGCGUUGUUUUCGUGAUUGACCCAGGAUUUUCGAAGCAGAAGGUGUAUAAUCCACGAAUUCGCGUUGAAUCGUUGCUGGUUUGUCCAAUUUCGAAGGCAUCCGCAAUGCAACGUGCUGGCCGAGCCGGACGAACAAAACCCGGCAAAUGCUUCCGCCUGUACACAGAGAAAGCGUAUAAAAAUGAGAUGAACGAUCAAACAUACCCUGAAAUUUUGAGAUCAAAUCUGGGAACAGUAGUGCUGCAGCUAAAAAAGCUGGGAGUCGAAGAUCUUGUCCACUUCGAUUUCAUGGAUCCACCAGCUCCCGAAACUCUGAUGCGUGCUCUUGAGAUGUUAAAUUAUUUGGCUGCUAUUGAUGACAAUGGUGAGCUAACACAGCUGGGUUCACUGAUGGCCGAAUUUCCGCUCGAUCCACAGCUUGCCAAAAUGGUCAUCGCAUCCACCGAGCUGAAUUGUUCCAACGAAAUACUGAGCGUCACCGCUAUGCUUUCAGUGCCGCAGUGUUUUGUGCGACCAGCUGAAGCUAAGAAGGCAGCGGAUGAAGCAAAAGCACGAUUUGCUCACAUCGAUGGUGACCAUUUGACGCUGCUAAAUGUCUACCACGCUUUUAAGCAAAAUCACGAAGAAGUGCAGUGGUGCUAUGACAACUUCAUAAAUUACCGAGCUUUGAAAAAUGCGGACAACGUACGGACACAGCUCGCACGUAUUAUGGAUAAAUUUAGCCUGAAACGA